ACUGGCAACUUGCGAUCCAAAACAGGGUCUAAGUUAAUCAGGAUCAGGCAAUCACCUCACACCUAGCAUCUUCUCCAAGCUACUCCACCCCCAGCAUUUCAAGUUGCAAUCUUGCAGCUGGAGCAGAUGAUGGAUAGCACAAAGACAGAUCCAGACACACGCCACGAAGAUCGCAUUCGCGAAGCAACGUCGGGCUGGGCUAUGGAGACGACGCGGCGCGGGAAGAAGCGCUUCCUCCUCCCGCUCUCGCUCUUCUGCCUCGCCGUCCUGCUCCCCGGCGCGCUGCUCGCGCCGCCCGCCUCGGCGUCGUCGUCGCCGGCGGCGGCGCGGGGAAUGAAGCGCCGGUGGGCGGGGUUCGACUACUACGUGUUGGCGCUGCAAUGGCCUGGCACCAUCUGCCGCCAGACCAGCAACUGCUGCCCCACCAACGGCUGCUGCAGAUCAAAGCCUCUCAAAUGGUUCACAAUCCAUGGGCUCUGGCCACAGUACAACCAUGGGGGAUGGCCAUCAUGCUGCAGACCCACCACAUUCAACAUCAAUAAGAUCUUAAUGUUGAUGCCGAUACUCGAGAAAUACUGGCCGUCCUUGUACUGCAGCUUGUCUUCAACCUGCUUUGGCGGAAGGGGGCCUUUUUGGGUGCAUGAGUGGGAAACUCAUGGAACUUGUGCGUACCCUGAAAUACAGGAUGAAUAUGAUUACUUCUCCAGAGCACUUUAUCUUUACAGAAAAUAUGAUGUUACGAAAGCUUUGAGAAAAGCACAUAUUUGGACUAGAAGCAGCAGAAGAUACGCCGUUGGGCAUAUUGUUGCUGUUAUUGAAUAUGCAUUUGGGGCCAUGCCAUCAGUGGUCUGUAAGCAUGGCUCAGUUCAAGAAAUUAGGCUCUGCUUCCACAAGGAUUAUCAGCCUCGUGAUUGCACAUUUGAGACUGACAAUACACUAAGCAGAAGAAGUCAUUGCCCUCGCUAUGUCACUUUUCCAUCGUAUGAACCAUUUGCGCUGGCCAAUACUACGGAGGGAAUCAGUAACCAAACCAUUGGUGAGCUACACGCGUAUGGCUGAGUUCAGUUCGGAUUCUGCUGGAUUCUGAAUUUCAGACGAGUCCGAUCCAUACUCCGAUGACCAAGGUGUACAUACAGAGCGACGUCACGAUGUGUAAAAAUAAAACUGCCAGGCCUGCCUGGUCCUGUAAUUCCUGCACAAUCUCGAAUAAUAUGCAGAAUAACAGAGACCUGUGUUACGUCUUCA